AUGGCGCCAUCUACCACCUGGCUGACAGCUCUCUUGGCCGCGACAACCACCGCUUCUCCACUGGCUCGCCGGGAUCUCAAUGUCCUUGUGGAAGCCGAUCUCGAGGGCGUCACUUUAUCCGCCAAGCACCUCUUUCUCCCGGGCUCCAGCACCACUGCUCCCCAGAACGAGACGCGUUGUAAGGUCUACCCGGGAGACGCAGCGUGGCCGUCGGACGAAGCAUGGUCGCAGCUGAACGAGCUGACUGGCAACCGUCUCCUCUCACGACCGACGCCGCUCGCCGCUGUCUGCUACCCAGCCCAUGCAGCCUACGAUGCCGAGCAGUGCGCGACCUACUCGGCAACAUGGACUCAGUCGUACACGCACAUGCACGACCCGAUUGAGAUGAUGUCUCCAGUCGCGCAGGGCAUGACGUGCACGCCGCCAGUCAUCUUCGACAGCCACAACUGCACCCGCGGCGGGUUCCCUGCGUACGUCGUGAACGCGACCGAGCCGAAGCACGUCCAGCUCGCCGUCAACUUUGCCAGGAACUCGGGUGUCCGACUCAUUGUCAAGAACACUGGCCAUGACUUCCUCGGUAAGAGCGGCGGCAAGGACGCGUUGAGUAUCUGGACGCACUACAUGAAAGACAUUGAGUACAUUGAGGAGUAUGCGGAUGAGGAACUUGGGUACACCGGUCCCGCUUUCAAGGCCGGCACCGGUGUCCAGGCGUUUGAGAUUUACAAGGCUGCAGAUGAAAAAGGCCGGGUCGUCGUUGGUGGAGAGGGCGAGACGGUCGGCGUCAUGGGAGGCUACAUCCAAGGAGGCGGGCACUCGCCGCUGACCGGCCUCUACGGCACGGGUGCAGACAACGUGCUCGCCUUUGAAGUCGUCACUGCCAAUGGCGAAUUCGUGGUUGCAAACUCGACGUCGCACACGGACCUCUUCUGGGCGCUCCGCGGCGGAGGCGGCAGCACCUUUGGCGUCGCGACGUCUGUGACCGUCAGAGCGCACCCGGACAUGCCCGUCACGGCCUCGCGCUUCAGCUUCUCCUCCAAGCAGACCAGCAACGACACCUUCUGGUCCGCAGUCCGCGCGUACCUCGACAUCAACGUGCAAAACGCCGACGCGGGGACGUACACGUACUGGAUGGUGAUCCCGUCCAACGGGUCCUUUACGUUCCAGUUCUCGCCGUUCCUCGCGCCCAACAAGACGCUCGCCGAAGCCACGGCGCUGCUGCAACCGUGGUUCACGCAGCUCGACGGCCUGAACAUCACCUACGCGCCCAACCUGACGCACUUUGACAGCUUCUACGCGGCCUGGCGGUCCUCGUUCCCGCUGGAAUCGGUGCAAAAGGCCAACGUGGCGACAGGCUCGCGGCUGUUCCCGCGGGCCAACUUUGCGUCGGCAGAGAAGCGGCAGCAGCUGUUCGAGCAGCUGCGGGCGUCGAGCGAGAAAGGCCACGUGCAGGUGCACUUCAACAUGCAGUGCAAGUCGAGCGCGGACAACGCCGUCAACCCGGCGUGGCGGCCGCUGGUGUCCUUUUCGAUGCAGUCGGUGCGCUGGGGGCUCAACAGCACCAGCGCCGAGGUGCUGAAGAUCAGAAACGACUUCCAGCGCGUCGACAUGCAGAGCUGGCGCGACAUUUCGCCCGGCGCGGGGAGCUACCUCGCCGAGGCGGAUCGGCUGGAGCCGGACUUUGGGCAGGCGUUUUGGGGCGCCAAGUACGGGCGGCUGUUGGAGUUGAAGAGCGCGUUGGACCCGGGGGAUGUGUUUUUCGCGACGACGGGGGUGGGGAGCGAGAGGUGGCGUGUGGAGAGCGUGGACGGGCUGCCAAACGAGAACGGCAAGCUGUGUCGUGUUGCGUAG